UUUCCCUCUCUCCUUCGGCUCACUCUGGUCCCUUCCUCCUCUCCCUCUCUUUCUCUCCCCACUCCCGCGCAGCUCUGUCACACACUCGCAGAAUUCACACCGGCUCUCCCCCCUGAGCAUCAUCUCCACCGUCGGAGAUCCUCCUCGUGUCUGUGUUCUGCCGGGUGGACGCACGCCCCACAGUCACCAUUUCUGCCCCAGAGAGUUCCAGGCUGGCAGCGCAGCCCCUUCCCAGGCUGAGCAUCGGGCGGAAGACCCUGGUGGCAGCUGCGGUGGGGGUCAUGCUGGUCCUGGUCCUGGUGGUCCUCAUCCCUGUGCUCGUCAGCUCUGUCGGCGCCGGUGGCACGGAUGACAGCGCCAGCCACUAUGAGAUGCUGGGCACCUGCCGGAUGGUGUGCGACCCCUUCCCCAGCACGGGCACCACAGGAACGGGUAUCCACACGGACACAUCUACCAGUGGCUUUUUGGUGGACAAUCAGGAAGACCUAAGCGAUCACAGCAUCGGCCCUCCGCUGCCUACUUACAGCGCAAACGGCCCACAAGGCAAACCAGGACGGCCAGGCAAACCUGGACCUCCGGGACCUCCUGGAGAACCAGGUCCACCAGGUCCGAGGGGACCACCGGGGGACAGCGGAGACAUGGUCCGAACUGGGAUCCUCGGGGCGGUUAGCACAACCACCUACAACACAACCCCUCGAGUGGCGUUUUACGCGGGACUACGGAACCCCCAAGAAGGCUAUGACAUUCUGCGAUUCGACGAUGUGGUGACUAACAUUGGGGGAAACUACGAGGGCAAGACGGGCAAGUUCACCUGUAAGAUUCCAGGAACCUACUUUUUCAUCUACAACGUGUUGAUGAGAGGAGGAGACGGCACAAGCAUGUGGGCUGACUUGAUCAAAAAUGGCCUGGUCAGGGCCAGUGCCAUCGCCCAAGACCAAGACCAGAGUUAUGACUAUGCCAGCAACAGUGUCAUACUUCAUCUGGAUGCAGGUGAUGAGGUUUUCAUCAAACUGGACGGGGGCAAAGCUCAUGGGGGCAACAGCAACAAAUACAGCACCUUCUCAGGGUUCAUCCUCUACGCCGACUGACAACCGGGCUAGACAGGGGGCUCGGAGGUGAAAGAUCCCAGACGGCAGACAUUUACCUUCUGACCUCCACGGGGCCACUCUUGCAGUGAGGUCAAUGGCACCGCCACAGAUCCACAGUCUUUAAAGUAAUGUAGUGAUGCACGCUGCGGAUUUGUAGUUAUGGCUAAUCUCAUCAUCUAUUUCCAUCCGUCCUACAUGCAUACUGGGUGCCUAUGCUGCUAACAUUAUGGACAUGUGUCACGUAGACUGCGGCAACAACUGUGAAAAUGCAGAGAGGCUGCGCCAUCAUCCCUUAGCUGUCAUUUCAAAUUCAACUCUGGAAGUCCCACAGUUGUGGUGGUCUCAGUGUUUGUAAAUGUGCUCUCUGGGUUUAUGUUAAGGUUAUGUUUUUUUUCUUUCACAUGCUGUUUGUGUGAUAAAAAAAUGUUUUGCAUCAGUGGAGGAGGAAUCCUGCCUCAAGAAAUUUAUCAAAUAAUGGACAUAGGGAUGAGAUUAUGAUGUCUGAAUGCCAGAGAGAAAAGGUUUCAGUGCAAUGAAUUGGAAAAGCUUGUCAUACAUAUAUUAGGCUUACAUUACAGCACCUACAGCUUUUAUUGGCACCCCUAAUGAAGAUGUGGGAAAAAAGCCUUAAAAUAAAUUCCUCCUUAAACGCAAUAGCAUAAGCCUACAAAAAUGGCUGCGGUUCUCUCACAGUGUACUGUGGUGGUUUUAUCUGCUUUUCUAGAUGUCUUGUUUUAACCUUUUUUCUUGCUAAGACUGCAGAUAUAGGCACGUUUAUGCCAAUAGCAUUACUCUCUUGCUGCCUUUUCUAUAUUGCAGAAGGUCUCUGUGUUAUAUGUUUAUGCUCAAGGAAAACAGGAAGUCAUGGAUUACAAAUUAAAAACUAUAACUGGGCGCAAUCAUUUCUGAAAGGUUUUCAAGCAGGCUUUAGCAAGUCUAGCCUUAGUUGCAACCUUGUGCCCUAAUGUACUGGCAAAUUUGGGUUGCUGUGCAACAAAUAACAAAACAAAAACAACCAAAAGUCCCUUAAACCAUUAUUAUUUGCCAAACUGGAUUGUACAGGUGGUUCGUUAGUUGCCAGUCAACCUAUAACAUUAAUGGCAAGUCGAUUAGCACCUAGUGACAAUAUAUAAUGUGGUACUGUAUUGAGAUGGAAACACAGAUCUGACAGUUUGGUCACCAGUCCAUCACACACACACACACACGCACACACUC